CUGUGAACUGUGCUAAAAGCUGAAGUUUGUUCGCGUCUUUGAACGUAGCGCUUGACGUGAGUGGAGUGUAUUUACUUCUUGACGCAUCACAGAAUUAACCGGAAGUCUGUUUGUCUACAAUGGGAUGGUAUGCAGAAGUGAUAUUUUUAUUUCUCAUUCAAUAUGUAAUAGCAACAACAGGAGUUCUGCAUAAUAUCAAUUUACCCCCGAACUUUCUUGAUGAAAGCGUACAUCAAAGCCAAGAUACAAUUGAAGAUGAAAUGACUCCACUACUAGUAAAUCAAUAUGAGGAUUUUAAAUACGAACAACUAGGGAAAAUUCUAGCCAAUUUAUUACUCCAGCCUUGGCCUAAAGGUGUAAGUCCAAUUCUUUAUGUAGAAGAUACUUCCCCGGAAAAUUUUCACGAGCAAACACCUGUUGAUAGUAACACAGUGGAAGUCGAUCAUAUCAACAACCUCCCGUUUAAAAGAUCAAGAUAUUAUAGAAAAUAUCCUUGGAAGAGACAAAAUUCUAGAUAUGAUGCUGAAAACCGAUAUUUAUGUCAGCCCACUAAAGAAGACGUCUUCCGUCUUUUAGUAGCGCUACACGAGGCUCGUCAAGGUAACAGAGGCCAAGUACUAAAUUUCUGCAACAGAAGAAGACCAGCAUCUGCUGUAUUUACGAACAUACGUUUUCUUGGAUAAAUAUAUUCAAUGUUUCUUACAAUGUGACUGAAAACGAGAUAUCCAGUAUUACAAGAUUGUUGACAAACGCUUUGACCGUCUCAUCCACUAGUUGUAAUAUUUUUUACUGAAACAGUUUAAUUCUAAUAGCAGCAAAGCAAACCUGCAACUACUUCGAUACUCCUCAAACGUUUUAAUUUUAUACUUCAUGGACAUAUCUAAUCAGGCAAUUUUACUAAGAAAAUAUGGUUUUUAUAAGCAAUGAGUCCUUACAUCACUUAAUGCAAUACUUCACAAGUUGCCUUUAAGAAACGAGACAAUUAGCAGACAAAAUCUUUUUUUCAAUGUUACCGUUAUGAGGAGUUAUCGUCCAAAAGAUAAUUAAAAAGAAUUAAGCUGAGUCAAAAAGUAACUAGUUCGUUGUACGUCUGUAUUUAUUUCAAUUUGUUUCUUGAACAGACUUAAGACUGUUAGUUUUUAGAGUAAAUUAUAUGUAUGUUUUUCUUUGAAUGAAUGUGAAUAUAUAAAUUAUAAAUUAUUCUUAAUGUGCGUAAUAAUGUAAAUUGAAAAUAAAUCAAUCAUGUUUAUAUAUU